GAUCUGCUCAAUGAGAGCAAAAGAUAACGUAAUAUUAAAAACACAUUAGUGAUCGAUUGAACGGUUCACGACAUCAGCAGGGAAUAGAAUUCCGUAGCUUAAGCAAUUCCGAUGAACAUUCUGUGCAGUUGAAGAUCUGGGACCUGUUUACAGUUUGUCCGGAGUGAAACCCCGUAGAGGUUGAACCCAAUGCAGCUGAUGUUCUCAGGGACCAGAAUCACGUGAUGUAUGAAGGUAAACACAUCCAUUUCUCAGAGGUGGAUAAUAAGCCGCUGUGCUCCUACAGCCCAAAGCUCUGCAAGCAGCGCAGAUUGAAUGGAUACGCUUUCUGCAUUCGCCAUGUUCUGGAGGACAAAACUGCUCCAUUUAAACGGUGUGAAUAUGUGGCCAAGUACAACAGUCAGCGAUGCACCAACCCUAUCCCCAAAGCAGAAGAGAGAAGAUACUGUAACAGCCACCUUCAGGUGCUGGGCUUCAUACCUAAGAAAGAGCGCAAGAAGAAGCAGGACGCUCUCGAUGAGGUGCGUGCCCGUGCUCACGUAGAGUCCGUUGCUCUGAACAUCACCGUUCCCUCUCUGACUCUUAGAGCCUCUAACGGGCUAGACGAACUCCCCCCGUCUCCGCCCUGCUCUCGUCUCACCCCCCUGCCCAUUUGCAUCUCUGACCACCUCGACCCCUUUGCCUUCUAUGAGGAGGACACUGAUGGAGAGGAGAGCGUGUCGCAGAAGAGCUCCAGUACGAGUAAGCCACCCGGCAGGCCAGUGAUCGGUCUGAGGGUGACUGCCCGGGACCCUGAGCACCUUCAGGCGGACAUCGAGCACUUCAGUGCCGUCACAGAACCCUGCACACUUCCAACCUCCCCACACCUGCCACAACCACCUCCACCGCCACCUUUACCUCCACCUCAACCCACAUCGAGGCUUUUCAAGCCCCUCCAACAUGCGGAUGGCCCCCUCUAUGCCCAGCAUGGUGCAGUACAGACUCUGCUAUGCAAUCCAGCUCCUCCUCAGAGCAGCCCUUCAGUGCUAUCUGGGCUGCUCUCGUCAGCGGGGGCUCAGAACCAGGCACUCAUCCAGAGACCUCUUUCUGCUGCCUCUCCUUGUCCGCUUGAUGCCAAGGACUGCCCUCAGCGCUGCUCUGUGGCCAUGCGGCCCGCUGCCUUUACAGCACCCCCCGUCUGCCUGCUCAGACUUCAGCACCUUGUGCAGCUCUACACUCAAAGACAGAGAGAGCAUGGAGACCUGUUUCCACAUCUUGGGCUAGACUGGUCUGAGGACAGUACAGAUGAUGAAGAUACAGAGGACAUUGUACCUUUAUUGCCUCAGGCCUGGAGAAUACAGGAAGGAAGUCCUCUUUACUGCUACUCAGAUGAAAAACAGUUGUCCAGACGGGCACGCCUGGCACAGCUGUGUACAUACCUGCAGGAGAGGUAUAGACACCUAUGCAGACAGGACAGGGCAGCCACCCGCCACAGCAGAUACCGAUACGCCUUCCGAAAAGCUUUGCUCCAUGCUGCAAGCAAAGACCCCGACUGUACUGCACAGCUCAUUCAGAAGCUCAGCAAGAGCUCACAGACCUCAGCCUGUUCAAGAUCUGCAGUACCACAAAAAUAUGAAAGGACAAUGUGUACAGGAACAACCAAGGAUCAAAGCUGCAGCAACAUAGCUUUGCCAUUUUCACGCCACUGUUUUCAACAUAUCCUACUGAAUCGCUCUCAGCAGCUGUUCUCCAGUUGUACGGCACGCUUCGCUGAUGGACAGCAGUGCUCUGUUCCUGUGUUUGACAUCACUCACCAGACACCACUCUGUGACGAACAUGCAAAGAAAAUGGAUAAUUUCCUGCGAGGAGACGGUAACAGACGCAGUCAGCAGCAGCAACAGCGUCGCCCUCGUAAGAAGACCAAACCGCCCGCACUGACCAAGAAACACAAGAAGAAGAAGAGGAGAAGAGGCCCGCACAGACCGCAGAAGCCCAUUCCUCCUGCUGUUCCACAGGGCAACCUGCCAAUGUCCUCCUCCCUUACACUGCCCGCUCACCAUGCCCACAUCAGGAGUCUGUCUACUCCAGAGCUCAGUGCAAAUGAGCUUCCUGAUGACAUCACAAAUGAAAUGCCUGACAUUCCUAAUGAUCUUGAGCUGAAUCAGGAAGAUUUCUCUGACGUGCUGCCCAGACUACCUGAUGAUCUUCAAGAUUUUGACCUCUUUGAGGGCAAGAACGGAGAGUUGCUCCCCACCACUGAGGAGGCAGAAGAACUGGUCAGAGCACUGCAGGCGAUGGGCUCAUAUCCAGACUCCCUGGUGUGUUUGUCCUCAAUAGGUGAACUGACCCCUGCGGACGGAGUCGACCACCGCACCAUGGCCGUAUUUUCUGGAUCGGAGGUCACGGCGACAGGCAUCGGAGACCUUCUUAAUGGCCGCAUGGCUUCUGAGACCUUUCCCAGUUUAGAACUGGAGGGUAACCUUCUCCACGCCCCACCAGACCAUAAUUUUUCCACCUCCCCUUCCUCUCAGCCCGCUCAGAGCAACACGACAGGGCCUACUUGUCCCACUAGUGGAUUAACAGAACAAACAUUUUCACGGGCUCCCAAGUCUGACUCCUCCACACCAGUUAGUCAUUACAGCAGUGAGCACUUGCCAUCGCCCUACAGGGAUCACAUAUCUCCCCGACAUGGUGCCUCUUAUCAAACUGACCCACCUCUUUUGCUGGAGAUGCCUUGGAGAGGUGCUCCAGGGCCUCCACGCACCUCUUGGAAUAACCUCCCCCUGUCGCUCACAGACCCGCCACAGUUCGGGAACCUCCUCAGUGCUGAAAGUCACCUCCUCUCCACCUCUCUCUCCACCCCACUGUCCAACUCGCACUCCACGAUCCUGCAGCCGACCUCUGCUCUCUCUGCUCUUCCCCAGCCAGGCCUGACCGGCCUCACGUCACCUUCAUCCUCGCCCUCUUGUCGUGACCUCCUCACCUCCACCCAAACUAAACUACAGCUCCCGCAGUUUAGCGCGGCCUUCGGCCACCAACUGGCUUCCCACAGCGGGAUCCCCAAAGACCUGCAGCCCAGCCAUAGCUCAACAGCGCCACCUACAGGCUUUACCGUCACUAGUGCCACUGCUGCCACGCCCCCCUUCCCUCAGAGCAACUGAGUCAAGAUCAAGAGACCCAGCAAAUGAAAGACCAUCCCACAUCAUGCAUCAUUUAUGUUCCAUCACAAACAGCCUUUUGACUAGACUAGUAGCAGAGUCCUUCUGGACAUGGUUAUCCAGAUUCUCUGCAGCUACCUUCACACUGCAGCUAAAUAGUCUACGCUCACACUAGGGGUGUAACGAUUCUCUGAAGAAAAAAGAAAAACACGAACCAAACAGUUCGCCACCCAUAGUUUGGUAAGCAUGUGCAACGCAGUUCAUCUCAAGUCAAACAACUCAUCUAGAGCAUAUGGUUUGGUAUGGUAAGAAAACACAGCGUAAAAUAUAGUGGAUUAUUUUCAAAAUUCGCUAAUGCACCUGUUUGGCUCUGUAGAUGGAUACGCUCUGCCUGUGUCUCAUAUGGGUCAACUUUUUGACGCUAUAACUAAGCAACAUAUUAGCGUAUUGACACGAAACUUACUACAUGUCAUCACAAGUAUGACCUGAGGUUACCUGCAGUCACUGUUUGCAGAUAUUGCUCAAAACAAGUGGCGUAAACUCAUGGUUAUACAUUGAAUAUCAUAUCCAUUUACGGCAUCACUCUGCUAUAAAUAGCACAUGCAGUAACACUCGCAGAGAAAUGCAGGUGAGCCCGAAACAGUACACACUCCCUUUUGUUUUAAGCAGGCACUAAGUGCCAUUUCAAACUGAUAUAAAACAAUAACUAAAACACUUAAGGUGUUCAUUCUCUAAGAUAUGUUGCUCUACUACAUUCAUGAAGAUUCUGAAUUUCAGCAAAUGAUUAAAGGGGUCAUGAAUUAGAAAAUCAAACUUACCAUGAUAUCUUGACAUGAGUUCAUAGCACUAUAAAAACAUACUGUAAAUUUCAGAACCGAAAAACGUCUUCGCUAGUCCAAAAAAAGGCUUUAUUGAAACCAAGGUGCCAAAAUGGCUUGUUCUCAACUUCCUCCACUCUAAUACGUCAUAGUGAGGUUUUACAUCAGCAUAAACAGAUCAAAGCCUACUUUAUUUUCGAUAUUGCUUAGGCCCACCCACCGGUCUUGCGGUUAGAGUAGAGCAGUGAGAUUAUUUUUGGAGCAACAGGAGGUGUCACGAUGGCCAUGAAGAUGUCAAGACUUUGCAGUGCCAGGUUGUGCAAAACUAGAUUUCUUGCAUUUGUUAUGCAAGGAUCCAAACAUUAAGAAAGAGUGGCAGACGUUUAUAUUUAACGAAGUCCCGGAUUGUGUCGGUAAGAACGUGUUUGUUUGCUCGCUUCAUUUUACCAAUGAUUCUUUCACAAACAAGACACAGUUUGAAGCAGGCUUUUCAGAGAGACUUAAUUAAAAGAUGAUGCAGUGCCAACUAUAUUGGACCUGACAGUGAUGUUGCAACAAACAAGUGUGAGUAUCCACGUUAAUUGUUUUGCAUCAUAUGUUACAGACUGUUGGAUAUGUACUGAAUAUUUGAUUUGAUCCUAGUGAUUUUAGAUGCUCGUUUAUUAGUUUUAAUGCACAGGGAUCUCUAAGCAGCAUAUAUUUUUUGUUCUGUUGGCAUGAUGGCACAAUUGCGACAGAUGCACCUAUAGAGUAUUGAUAUCAAUAUAUUUAGACAAUUGCUUUGCUUUUUAAUGAAAUCAUGACUCAUUGUAAUGAACAUCAUGUGAGUUUGUCACUACACUGAAUAUAUGACCAACAACAUUGCGACAAACCCCGGUGAAUGUAUCCUGUAUAUGUUUACAUGUUGCACAGUAAGUGUAUCCUUUCAAAGUUAGCACCAUGUAUUUACUCUUUAUUUGGUACUGUCAUGCGUUACAAAGCAUUUGUAAAACACGGAAAUGUUUCACCAUUGGAAAAUGGCCCAACUAUAUAACAAGAUGCACACCGUAGUGUCUUGGUUUAAACAAAAAUAAAAGUAAUACCUAUUACACAAAUAGACAAGUCAAUUACAGUGAUUACAUAUAGCAUCCAUGGUGUCUGUGAAGGGGGUUACUUUUCUUCAAAUUCGGGAUCAGACUCUGGCUCAAACAUGCUUGGAUGAAUUCUUCUGGUUAUCAUUGUGCACAACCCCUCACAUGUGUUAUGGCGGGGGCGUUUACACUUAUCCACAUGCAAAGAUGUUACCCAAUCACAGCAGUGGGUGUUUACUCUGAAGUCUCCAAAAUUGGAGCAUUUGAAUCAGAGGCACAAAAACCAUGACCAGUUGUUCCAAAAUUAUGACUACUUCUAAUGAAAAAAAUCACACAAAUAUUAUAAGUUCACCUCAAGGAUAAAAAUCCAAUUCAUGACACCUUUAAAUCACGCAAGUCACAUUGCAACAUCCCAUCUCGUAUCCAUUUUAAUAGCAAGAGUGUUCCUUCCAUAUUGAGGUUCAGCUUUUGAAUGUUGAACAUGUUGAGUUGAGUUUGUAAAUGCACUUUGUUGAUGCAUGUAGCAUAAUAUUGCAGGUAUUCAGUUAAAAUGUUAAUUUAGUAAUUAGAAAUUAACCAUGGUUUUACUAUAGUACUAUUGUAGUUACAGUGACUGAAGUAUGGUUUAUUGGCAGAAAUGCUGUAGUAUCCAUAUAGUUAACAUAAUUUACAAUAGUAAUAUUGUAGGAACCAUGAAUGUAUGAAGCAUAGUUUAAUUUGCGGUAACAAUCAUUUUAUUAAAAAUAGUUUGUUACUGUAGUAAAAUUGUAGUGCGCAAACAUUUAGUAGUUUUUGUAACCAAAUGAAGUGUUCUUAGUUUGGAUUUGGCAGUAGUAUAUAUUUUUUAUUCCUGAACAUGGCAAGUACCAAACCACACUAAAACUGUGAUACAAACCAAACUUUGAGAAUUUGAACUGUUACACCCCUAGUUCACACAGAAGCAGAAUACAGUUGUCAGCCCAGAUUUAGAGUUCUAAAUAACAUCAUGUUCAUACAGUUAACACAGAGUUCAGUUAUAAACAAGGGUGACAAUCGCAUUCUAUGGCUGAUCAGACUCGCUUACAUUUUCAGGACACAAUUUUCAUUUAUUUAUGGGAAUGACAACUGCAUUGUACAACCAAAUUCACUCUUGGAAAAAUUCAGGUAGUGACAACCAGAUUUUCAAUAAAUCAACGUAGUUUGUACAGAAAACAACUGGGGCACGUUUGUUGGAGAUGCAUUGUUAGAGAAACUAUCUAGCUAGUCAUGACUGUUUCCCGAAACACUAGUAACUGCAAAAUCAGCACGUUUGCCGUUUGAACCACAUUCAGUAAUGUGUUCAACAGUGUUGUUAAUGUUGUAAUAAAGUUACAUAGGUUGUGAAGUAAUAUUUCAUGCGGAUAUCGAAUGGAUGUCAAAGUCUUGACUCUGUAAUGAAUGUAAGGAAAGAAGAAUAGAUCAAAGUUGUGUUGAUUAAAAAUAAUUUUAAAGAAGGCGUUGAGGGCGAUUUUUGAUUUAUUGUUCUGCAUUUGUUGGAGGAGUUGACCGCAAUUCUCAAAGUUUAAAAAUACUGUCACGAAUGCUGACGAGAAAAUCUUCUGCGCAGAUACCAAUCAAAAAAUAAAUGCAGCAAGUAACCAGAAACUAUGCUUCUAACCACAUGAGGUGAGCUGUCGAUUCAGCCACACAACUUUGUGAUGCUGUUUGCGAAUGUUAGUUGCAACUUGGUUUCGGGAAACCCCUGAUCGUAACUAUGUUGGUAAUGAUGGAACUUGCGACCAUAGUUGGCUAACGAACCCUGAACCACUAGUUAAUACAGUGAUGCUGUUCUCUGGAGACUGACAGCUUGUGUGAGGUGCGGUGCUUGUAAAUCACAGUGUCUUAAGUCAUUCACAUAUUUCGAUGCCAGGCUCUGUCUCUGCACUGUAGCUGACCUCACCAGCUCUACGGACUAGUAGAGGCCAAUACUUUAUGGUCUCUAUAUAGCUAUAUAUAGCCAAGCUCUCCACAGCUUCACCCAUCAUUCACUCAUUUGUCUCUCAAACAACAGGGCUGGUCUUGAACACCUCUGAGGUCAAUUUGUUCUUGGGUCUCAAGAGAAUCCACUUUACGGCAUGUAAUCAGGACAUUUUUUAUAGCACUGAACAGUUUGAUUCUUUCAUGGGUUCUUCGAUCAGUGGACCUGACCUGGGCUGCUCACAUCAGUGGGUCAACUUGGUUAAUUAAAGCAAUAAUCUCAUCAGCAGAGCCUUCCCCCCUGGUCUUCAGGUGUGGCUCAGCAGCCUCGGCUCUCAUUCUGGGGCUACCAACAGCUGAAUCUCUUUCUUUUGAAACAGUUUAAUGUGUUUUAACUGUUUAGUUAACUGGAAAGUUGUCAACCCAGUCCUUUGUUAACUUGUAAAAACACUGACAUGGACCUCAUUCAGCCCAAAUAUAUGGGUUCAAAUGUUUGUUUUUCUUCAUGGUGCUUAACAUGUUUGGCAUGAAGUGGCCUCACUUGGUUAUUAUAAUACAAGAGCCCUCUGUGGUUUCAGAGUGCCGUAGACAUGGCAGAUUGGGUGAAGGGAGAGUUGACAUCAGCUGAAACAACCCUGUGUUUGGUGUGGGGACCUUUGGUGCAAUCUUAAAUGGAGAAUGAUUUGUGCAACCUGCUGGUUUUUUCUCCAGACUUCCAUGCACGUGUCAGGUUUCAACGCAGGUUUUUAUCCACCAUCAGUCCGCCUUACGACACAUGGGACCAAAAUUCCCUUUGGAUUUAAUUGUUGUUUAAGGUUUGACAGUCCGAUUUUAUACACUGAAAGAAUGGUUCACAUAUUUGUUAUUAAGUGUUAAAUAUAUUUAUAGAGUACAAACCUCUAGGUUGAGUUUUAUUGUUUGAAUUGAUUGGCCAAAAGCUAAAUAUGAGAUUUAACAAUAAACUAGUCAUUUGCAACACCUGGUGGAACUGAAACAUUCUGUGGCGUAAUGUUUGGUAGUUUUAAUAGCCAUCAAAAUAAUUUAUUUGGAGGAAUAAUCAUGUGUGAUCAUGUGUGACUGUCAGUGGAUGCUCAAAGACUGAUGGUAGUUUGAAAACCACAAUCAUGGCCCUUGUUUUCUGAAAUGAUCUCACUAGCUUUUGAUAUUCUUACACAAGUUGUACACAAGGCGGUCAUUGUUUUAUGAACUAUUCAAUACUGUGCAACAAUUCUCUUAAGAAUGGUUUUAUGAAAUAUUCAAUUCAUUCUUACAUAAAUUGUUAUAUUGAAUAGUUUGUAAAACAAUUCUUAUGUGAGAUGUUGCAUUGUUUUUAUUCUUUUCAGUUCAGUGCAAUGACACUUGUAAGAAUGGUUGCAUGAACUAUUCAGAGAAAAUUUGACAUAAGAAUUGUUUUUUCAAACUAUUUAAUGAAUUGCAUAAUUCGUCGUAUUGAAUGAACUAAUUAGUAAAAUCAUUCUUACACAAAUCGUUGCAUUGAAUUGAACAUUCUUAUGUAAAAUGUUGCAUUCAAUUUAAUGGGCCCUUUCACUCUGCUGGUCUCACUUAUGAAUGACACCCUCUGAAAGUGCCAUAUUGAUCAUGGGCAUGCGGGAGCCAUUCGUUUUUGCACAAAUAAAGUGAGGCAUCCUCUAUAACUUCAACUAGCUGUCCACAAAUGAAGUGAAUUUCAAAGAGUACUGUAGUGAAAAGACAUGGUUAAUGUUCUUGGUCAUGCAUUAUCACAGGUCUAAAUGACUUUUUCAGUCACUUUUGCAAAAGCCUGAUACAUGUGAACAAGUCAUCUUUGGUUACUCUCCCUGCCAAUAUUCAACAGUUGUGGCAAACAGGUGUUUCAUUAAUCUAACAAGCUGUAUUGUGUCCACAGUCCAUGUUAAAACUGUGUUACUACUGUGUGUACAAAAGCAGGUCCACUACACAGAGAAAAUCCCAGAUGGCACAUCGCUUGCACUCUGAUUUAAAAUGGCUGACUGAUUCCUGUACUCACUGAAUGUACUGUAGAAAUGUUUUUAAAAACCAAUAGGAUAAUCGAGUCACCUUUUGUUAUUGGUCUUUUAUUUGUCGAAGGUAUUUUUUGUAUGCAGAAGUUUACAUUUUUAUGUAUAUUUUUCCUGUAUAAAAAAAUAUGUAAUGUGUGUAUAAACAUUGUAUGUAAUAUCUGUAUAUAGAGUGAAAAAUUGUUUUUGGAUGUAAGAAUUAAAAUUGUGUGAAUUUGCAUGCAGUUAUUCGUUAUCAUGCAGUCCAAAAGUCUGAGAUCACAUUGGAAAUCUGGAAUUCCACUUUUCACUCAAUGCUGUGAUUUAUAUCAUUUGUAAUGAAAGAAUUUGUGUUACAUUUGAAAAAAUGCAAUAUAGAAGCACUUGUGGGUUCAGAUACAUUGUGGGAUGUGGACUUCAGCACAGGUUUAUGGUCCUAUAAUCCCAGUGCUGCCUCCGUUACAUAACCUCUUCCAGGUGCUAUCAAAGGUGCUGUAAGUCUCAGUGUCAUUAGAGAUACAGACCAAAGCAGUCUAUAAAGGACAAACAAAGAUGCCAUGUGUUCUAACAGUAUGGGGUUGAGAAACCGAUUGAAAAUUUGAAAUUUUCUUUUAAAAUUCUUCUAUCACAGCUUAAUAUGCAGUAAUAAGACAAUAAGUAAUAAGAGUUUCCAGAAAAGUGCAAACCGUUGUGCCACUUUUGUGUGUGAUCUUAUUCACUAACCAAUCACAAAGUAUUUUAAACAUGCGCAAUAAGAAAUUAAAUAGCGCUGCUUCUUUAGUAUUUAAAUCAUUGUUCCUUUCCGCACAAAUACAUAUUUCUGUGUAUGUUAGGCUCACAAAAAUGUACAUUGUGAGAAAAGCAGACAGUAAAAAUCUUUUCUUUUUUUUUGAGAUUGUGUAAAUAUUUUAUUGAUCAUAUUGGCAGUUAUUCAUCAAAUAAUGGAUAAGAGCAUUAUAACCUGGCAUAUAUCCACAUAUUGCGGUGUAGUCAAGCACACCGUUGGCAUUUUUAAGAGAUGAUUCAGAGUGGAGUUAUGCUGCUUGUACAUUCCCCGCAGAUCGUGAUGUCUGCUGCAUCCUCCGCUAAAUAGUACUCAGAAUUGGCCGUGAGAUCGGCAUUGCACCAUGCAAAUUGCAUUCAGCACAGACUUUGAGGCUGUUUUUGCACCGGAGUGCAUAAUUCCUUUAGUGAAACGGGCGCUAAACCAACUAAGGAAAUCAAUGAGUAGACACCAUGAUUAUAGCCAGUGACUGUUUAGCUCGAGACAGACCACUGGUAUUAAAAAGAAUGGGAGAGAUUUUAAUGCCCAAUAUGGCGAAUGUUGAAAAGGAAAGUCCUGCCUAACAAGAGCCAAUCAUGUUUUAGUCAGUCACCUCGAGAACACACAUGUGCAUAAGCUGAACCAGACAAGGAGAUUGUGAUUUUUAUCAUGAUUUGAGCUAAAGAAGCACAAUUUAUGGUACCACUGUUGUCAGAUUUUACUGCUGAUUUUUUAAAUGUUCUUCGAUUGUAAUCUUGUCAAACUGUUUUGGUAGCAUCCUGACCAAAAUAGAACUUAACUGAUUUUAAGUAUAGGCAACAUCCCUCUUGAUGGUCACUCACGUGAAGCGCAUGAGAGAAUUGACAAAGUUGAUUGAAUUAGAGUUCUGUGUUAGCGUGUUGCAAAGAUAUUGAAGCAAUGUUCGAUAGAGACGAAAUGCAUUUCACACACAAAUAUAGGAUGAAAGGGUCCUUGUUAUAUGGAAUAUUUUUUUAUACCUUUAUCUAAAACAAAUGAAUACCUGAGCUCAUGCAAUGCAUUCUGUUAGCCUGAUCUCAAAAUACAUGAGAUGCUGCCUACAAUACCCUUCAAGUCAGGAGUCCACCUAUGAUGCCCUAAAAAUGAUGUUUAGCAAAGCAUCUCACUAGGUUUGGGAGUCCAUAUGUCACUUAAAAAAAACACGAAUGAAAUGAAAUUUUAAAAGAAUAAAUACACCGUAACAAAUAAAAGGAAACACUCAAAAUGUUGUUAAACUGUGGUCUUUUUAAAGUGGCAAAAAGAGCAGAGGACAUUUUUUACAUUUGUUCGGUUAUUGCCCUGUGAUGGACUGUCCAGGGUGUUUCCCUGCCAUUGGCCCAAGACAAUUGAGAUAUGCUCCAGCACUACCCGUGGCCCUGCAUAGGACAAGCGCUUGAGGAU